AUGGAGGAAAACCUCUUUAAAGUGUCGCCCAAGUCCCAGGAGCGCCAGAGCUCCCAGCGGAGCAGCGAGCACGACAUCCGGAAUCUGUGGACCACGGCCACGCUGUCGCAGACGCAGCUGCACCUGCCGCUGUCCUACUUCUGCGAGAAGUUCGACGAGGACGGUGGCACCGUGCGUACCUCGGCUCCCGGCUGGCUCAGCCCGGAGGAGCUCUGGAGGGAGGAGGAAGUGAGCUCCCCCAAAGGGGAUAGGACGCGCCUGGAGUCGGAGCCCCGGGACCAGCACACCUUGCUGGACCAGCAGCUGCACCGGGGCAGCUCGGAGGAAGGCCACGUGGAGGAGGACGACGAGGAAUCCAAUCUGUCCAGCGACAAGUCCUUGACCCUGUCCUUCACCAAUGUGUCCAAGCACCCGCCCCACCGUGCCUACUGGGCAGAGCAGCAGAACAGGCUGCCGCUGCCCCUGAUGGAACUCAUGGAGAAUGAAGUGUUGGAAAUCCUCACUAAGGCGCUCCAAAGCUACCGGACAGAGAUCGGCAGGGACCACUUCUUGACCAAGGAGCUGAAGCGCUACAUCGAGGGACUCAAGAGGCGCCGGGGCAAGAGGCUGCGCGCCACUGCCUACUGA